UCCAUGUGAUCCACGUUCGAAUCUAAUUCCAUCACCGGCCCUUAUCUCGCCCUCUGAGGAAAAUCCACAACCAUUUCAGACCAUUGAUCCUAGUACCUGUCCACUAACCAUAUCCAACGGUCUCUCGGUUGAACUAUUUGAAUCGUCAUGUGAUGAAAGAGAUAGACGGAGGGUUGUGACGAGAUAUAUAUAAGUAGAGCUAGAGCAUAUUAUUUAGUUGCAGAAUUUUUAUUAGUUGCCAAAACCAGAGUUUCAGAGAGAAAGGCUAUGGAGAUAGAGAGAGAGAAGCAUGCUUACCAGGCGAAACUUGCCGAGCAAGCCGAAAGAUACGACGAGAUGAUUGAAGAAAUGAAGAAAGUUGCCAAGUUGGAUGUGGAAUUGAGCGUGGAGGAGCGAAAUUUGUUGUCAGUUGGGUAUAAGAGUGUGAUCGGGGCAAGAAGGGCGUCAUGGCGGAUACUGUCUUCCAUUGAACAAAAGGAAGAGGCCAAGGGUGGUGAACAAAAUGUGAAGAGGAUAAAGGAGUACAGGCAGAGGGUUGAAGACGAGCUUGCGAAAAUUUGCCAUGACAUACUAACAGUUGUUGAUUAUCACCUUCUCCCCUCUUCGUCCACUGGGGAAUCUACUGUUUUUUACCAUAAGAUGAAAGGAGAUUACUAUCGAUAUCUAGCUGAAUUCAAAUCUGGUGAUGAUCGCAAACAAGCUGCUGAUCACUCGCUUAAAGCCUAUUUGACUGCGGUUGAUACUGCUGCCUCUGAGUUGCCCCCAACACAUCCAAUCAGGCUCGGCCUGGCUCUAAACUUCUCUGUUUUUUACUAUGAAAUUCUCAACUCCCCGGAGAGGGCGUGUCAUCUAGCUAAGAAGGCAUUUGAUGAGACUUUUGCCGAACUUGACAGCAUCGACCAAGAAUCUAGCAAGGACAGCACCCUCAUUAUGCAGCUUCUCAAAGAUAAUCUCACAUUGUGGACCUCAGAUCUGCCAGAGGGAGGUGAGAAACUUAAAGUUGAAGAACCCCUUCCAGAGAGUUAGAUGGGGAUCAGAGAGACUAAUUAUUUGGGACUGGCUUUCGACAAUGAAGCAACAUAAGGCUUGUGACUCAACGGAUUACUAAGUUUGUAGUAGAGGGAAAGUGAGUAGUAUUGGCUUGUAUCUGUGUAUGUAUUGUCUAUCAACAUAAUCACACUCUGCAUUUGUGAUCCUGUUGGAAUUUGUAUGCCAAACUGUUGAACUCAUUUAUGUUUAUGUUUGCUCUCCUAUCAGAA